ACCUCGUCGACCUCGACGACUUUGUUGCAACUGCUCACUCUACAACAACAACAAAGCACUAUUAGCCUGCAGCUCAUCGCCAGCCAGCGACCGCACGCUCCUUGACAACCCUCGAAACACCCACCACACUCCCUCCCCAAUGUCCAAGCCGUCCGAGUUCAACGCGCUCAUCGCGCGCCUCGCGCGCAUGACGAGCAGCCCCAACGGCCUCGACUCGUCCCUCAUGAUCGGGCAGUACGGCGGCCCCCUCUCGGCCGGCCUCAUCCUCGCCGCCCUCCAGUGGCUCAAGACGCACGGCAAGGUCGUCGCGGACCAGCCUCGGCUCGUGUCCCUCGCCGCUGGGCUGGUCCGCAUGGGCGGCGCGAUCGGCUCGGCACGUGUCGUCACCAGGCUCUUUGGCCUCCUCCCCAUGAUCGACUGGCUGCUCAAGCUCCACCCCCAGCCCGUCAAGGCCUUGAUCGGCCUCAUUCUCCACCCGUCGCGCUUCUCGCUCGACAUUAGGAACGAGCGCGUCUACGCGACCAUCCGCAUCAUCGCCCUCUGUGGCUACUACGUCGGCGAGCACACUGCCUGGCUCGCGAGCCAGGGCGUGCUCCAGCUCCAGCCCGCCACGGUCUCCAAGAUUGCCGUGUGGUCGGUCCGUUCAUGGGCCCUCGACGUCGUCCUCUCCUGCAUUCAGCUGUUCCGCAAGUACCUCGGUCUCCGGGCCCGCGAGCGCGCCCUCAAGGCCUCGGCCAAGUCGGAAGUGAGCACCACCGACGAUGAAGAUGUCGAAGGCUACGAGCUCACCCCCGAACCCAAGGAAAAGACCACUGCCGAGGACCAGAAGGCCGCGCGCGCGGCGCUCAAUGCCGACUGGGCGUCGUGGGAGCAGCAGGCCGUUGUCAACUACGGCUACCUCCCCCUCACCGUCCACUGGUCGACCCCCGGCGGCGUCUGGACAUCACCGCUCAUCACGGCGGCCCUCGGCUCGGUCGUGUCGGUGGGCAAGCUCGCCGGCGCGUGGGCUGCCAGCGCGUAGAUCUAGGUGUUGCAGAGGGGUGUGGCUGCCCCAGCAACGCGUACGUCACGCCACACGCGGGCUGGCAGCCGCGACCAGAGACGUGUAAAGAGGUAGUGGUGGCGGCGAGGCCACGGUUUGUAAUGCGCACCUGUAGACUCGGGUGCUGGUGCUCCAGCUCAUAUGAUGAUGGCUUUGCAUCUGUAUGCGACAUAUUCAUG